AUGCGAGGGCAUGCGAGGUUUGGACAAGGUGGGAAACUGAACCCGAGAUACAUCGAACCCUACCCGGUGAUUGCAAAAGUAGGAGCUGUAGCGUAUCGUCUUGGACUACUAUCAGAGUUGGGAAACGUGCAUGACGUAUUCCACGUAUCAAUGUUGCGGAAGUAUGUGGCAGAUCCUUCCCAUGUGAUACAACUGCAGGAAUUGGAGUUCACCAGUGCUAUGCGUUUUCGGGACGAACCGCUACAGAUCGUUGACCGGAAAGUCAAGAAGGUACGAACCAAAGAAGUACCGCUCGUCAAAGUGGUAUGGAGAAGUCAAGGGGUUUCCGACAUGUCAUGGGAAUCCGAGGAAGAGAUGCGUAAUACUUAUCCCCAUCUGUUUGUUUAA